AUGUUCUUCAGUCUCCCGGUGCUUCUAUCCACAGCUAUAUUUAUAACCUCCGGGCAAUGCAGCUCCCAUACUAUACCUGUCCGAUCUUCUCCGAAGAAUAGUAGCCCAGUCCCCAAUGAUCUGCAAUCAAUUUCAAUCGAAUUUUCAUACUUCCCCGACUAUUCUGGGAACAAGUCACGACCAAAUGAGUUCUCGAAGAACCUACUUCACAAUCUCGAAUCUCUUACCGGCGUUGCUCCGAAAGUAAGAGUCGGAGGAACCUCACAGGACCAUGCUACAUACUUCCCUGACCAAGAGGAGAAUGUGAAGCUGUUCUACCAGAACCCCACUGAUGAUCAGCCGAUCCAAAUCAACUACGGUCCGACCUUUUUUGAAUCGUACCACACUCUGGGAGAAAUCAAAUUCCUGCAUGGGUUGAACAUGAAUCAAAACUCAUCAAUUCAACAGCUUCAAGACUCGGCCACGGAAGCUUGCACUUCCAUCGGCCCCCAGCUGCAUCUGUUUGAGCUGGGUAACGAGUUUAAUUUCGCUCCCGGGAAAUAUCGCGCUGCAAAUUACUCACUCCUUGAUUAUGUUGAAGAGUGGAACUCCAAGUCAGCCAUUGUCAAGUCUGCCGUACAGAAAGCCUGUCCUGGUUCUUUUCCGGGAUUUAUGGCGCCUAGCUUCGUCCUGCUGGAUUUCAUUGACGACACGGCCUGGACUGCCGAGGACUUAUACAAUCUUGGAUACGAUAAAGAUAAUCUGACCAAAGAGCUAUGCUUCCACAACUAUAUGGGUGUCAACGAGCCUCCUCUGCCCCCUGCACAGUUAGACCUCCAGCGGACUUUAAUGAAUCACACAAACAUUAUACAGAGUCUCGCACAGCAUAUCAAGCGCGCCGAGAAUCUUGCAUACCUUGACCUCCCUUAUACGCUUGGUGAGCUAAAUUCUAUCGCAAACCAGGGUGUGAAUGGAGAGACCAAUGUGUUCGGUGACGCUCUGUGGCUGGUUGACUUUUCCCUCUGGGCAGCGGUACACGGUAUUAAGCGUCUGCAGUUCCACCAAGGGUUGAACUACCGUUACGCCUCGUGGCAGCCAAUCGAGAGCAAAGGACUUCCCCCAACCACCAGACCCCCAUACUACGGUCAGAUCAUGGUCGCCAGUGCCAUCGGACAGUCCAAGGACACGCGCAUUGUUAACAUUCCUCUGUCGGAAGAUACAGAGUCUGCAUAUGCCAUCUACAAUGGAGAUCAACUGUCGAAACUGGUUGUGACGAAUCUGCGGGCUUUCAACCAGACUACGUUAGAUCGUCCUCACAGGGAAUAUAAAUUCCACGUGCCUGCACAAUAUAGAAGCGCUCGAGUUGAGAGCCUGAUUGGUCCAGGGAGUGACGCGCUUGAUAAUAUUACAUUUGGUGGUAUUUCAUACGACCAUGCGUUGAAUGAGGGGAGGCCGGUCCAACAGCAUGCGAACGAAGAGACAAGGAUUAAAAAUGGGCUGCUUACUAUCGUUGUUCCGGACUCUUCCGCUGUUCUGCUCACUCUAUGA